AUGAACAUAAUUAAGAAAGAGUUGACACAUUUCCCCUGUUUUUUAAGAAGAUGGUUACAUAACAACCGCAAGGAUACACGUCAAGUGUCGAGUCGGAGGAGCAUCGAACCAUGUUUGAGUGAAGUGAAGAGGAAGGGAUGCGACGUAAACGUCUUGAGCUUGGUAAUAAGUAACAACAACCUGUGCUACUGCCUGCUGAGGAAUAAAAUUAUUAAAAAAAUUGGACUGAUUAACAUUAAGAAGGACUUCCAGCCCUAUGAGCAGGGCCCCUCCAGCACUCCAAAGCGAAAGAACAACCUCGACAAGGAGGAGUUAACAUACAGCUAUGACCGAGAGGACACGCCUCUGAGCUUUAACAUACGGGAAAUUCUGACCGUUUUGAAUUUGGUCAAGUUGCAUUCCGAUGAGGAUGGGCAGCACGGCGAGAGAGCUAGCGGUAGCGGCAACGGUGGAGUCUACGAUAGUGCUAGCGGUAGCUCUGCUGAGUGGAGCCAGCCGGGGGACCCGCCAGACGGCGCACACAUAGGAGGGGCCAAAGGGGGGGAAGAACAGCAGCAGCAACCGCAACAAUCGCAACCACAACGGCAAGCGCAAGAAUGGAUCAUCGGGAUCGAGAAGGUGAAUGAUAAGUAUGAGAAGAACAGAACAAAGGAAAAGAUCCUGUCCAUCCUCGUGUACUUCCUGAACUCAAUAUUCAAGUGCCAAAUUGUUUUUUUCUGUCCUAAAGAGGCGAGAAAAUACUUCAGCACCAAAUGUAGCUGUACCUUGGAGACGCGCGAAGAAACGUAUAAGUACAUAAAGGACAAGGUGCGGAAUUUCCCAAGUGUGAGUAGUAAAAGUGAUAACAAGGUCAACUGCCUAUUCAGUGACAGCUACGUCAUGGCGUUUUAUACGUACAGGUAUUACAUGCACCACCUAGUGAAGAACAACCGAACAGUUUUUAACUACCUCGAAAGUGAAGUGCGCAGGAAUAGGAGCUUUAAUAACAUUCUACAGAGCUUGAAGCGCGUGGAAAAUGAUGAGUCCUCGCACGACUUGAGGGAACUGCUCAGGGACAGAAUUGGCCGCAUCGUGGACCGCGAGUCUUACAGGUUAGUUGACAGGGACAUGGUUUGA